AUGGAGCAUUCUGUUUCAGAACUGGUUACUGCUUAUGCAGAACCUCAAGCCCGGAGCGCUCUGCCGCCGCCCGUCCCCGAGAGGCGAUCGCAGUCGCUAUUGCCUGGCUGGGGUCCGACCCAGUGUUGUGAGCGCCUAGCAGCUGCAAAGCCCGCACUUCCCCUUUCGGCUAGUGGGGUGCCAGCUCCUCCUUCACAGCAGCUCGCUCAGUGUCCACGCAGAUUGCAGCCCCCCUCCUUUUUGUUGAGGAAAGGCGUUGAAGUCAGACAUAAACGAGUAUGCAAGAGUUUAGAGACUGUUCCAAAUGAGAGUGAUUUUUGCCACCAAGUAAAUGAAUGUGCUAUGGAUUACUGGACUAUGGAGCAGGAUUGUAAACAGAAAGGUUCCACAGAACAAUGUAUUCCUCAGGCUACCAAGGAAAAGCGAAAAUCAAUGAUUUUUCAAAAUCAUGAAAGCAAAGGUACUGCCCAGCCUUGCCUCAGAUGUAUUGCAGGAGAAUCUGGACACUUCAGCCAUAUUAUGCACUUCUAGAAGACAAGAGUCUGCAAAGCAUCAGUGUUCAGUUUUUAACACAUAAGAACAUGCAUGUGUAAAUGCUGUACAGCUGGAUUUCUGUACACACCCAUUCAAUUAACAAUGUGGAUUUCAGUUUGUUAUACUUUAUGUAGGAUGGUACAGGUUGAACUUCUGUAGUCUGGUACUCUCAGGACCUGACUGGUGCCAAACCAGAAAAUUUCCCAAACCACAGGAGGUCAAUAUUGUCUAGCAGAAUUACCAACACUUCCAUUCCUUAGAGGGCUCUUAGAAGACAUUCGGUGUAAAAUAGAGCUUAAUAAUAGCACAGAACACUGAGACACAAGGCUGCUGGCAGUAAACAAACUUUAUGGGGAUGUGGGAAACUUGGCCACAUCCAUGGUAAGUUGACAUCCAGCUAACUAAAAUCAUGCCAUACCCCAGAUGUUGCUGGACCAUAGGGUGCCAGACUCGAGGUUCAAUCUGUAUGCAUUAUGUUGUGGUUUUUAAUACAUAAAUCCAUAUUUCUGUGUUUUUAUAUUUUAAAAAUUCUUUCAAAAUAACUUCCAUCUUGAGCCUUCCUUUCUACUU